GAGCAUAUUUCCUUUGACUUCUAUUUUUUUUUAGCUCGCCAUUUGGUGCUCUUUCGUAUAGCAAUGCAGGCAUCAGAUAUUGAGUGUUUGGCGCAGAUGUUAGAUAAAAACCACGCCUUUACUAGACCUCGUGGUCAAACCGUGGGCUAUAGCCUACAGGACACCACAGAAGGUAAUUCCUCUGCUGCAGCUCCUCCAUCUCAGAUUCAGCUCCCGUCAACCGUUGUGGACAAGCAGCUGCGCCUCCCCAAGCCAUCCCAUAGCAAACAGAACAAGACAGGCCAGGGGGAAGACUCCGCUACUGAUGCGAAUCGAUUUGUUGGUAAUGAGAUAUGGACGCAGGAGGAGCUACGGGUGAUUUUGGAGUCUAAUGCGUCGCAGGUAUCUCCGCCUGGCGCGUUUCCUGCUGUUCGUUGCGCCCCGGCGGUUAAUAGGGGAAAUAGCAAGCUGUUGGGGCAGACUGCAACGGCGCCACUAACACCCCAGUGCGAUCAAGAAGAGCCACUCUACGAAGUCCUUUACUUACAGCAUCUCACAGCUGAGGACGUGUAUUUAGGAAUGGAUUUUACCCGCGAUAGUUCGAGCUUGGCAUCUGACGGCAUUGUGGUUAAGAUCAAAAUGCCGAAGCUUUCCGUACCACCGGAGUCGAUUGAGCUGCAUGUGGAGCCCCUCCAACUGAUCUUGUCGACCCCGGAAUAUUUUCUAAGAGCAGAGUUGCCUCAGCAAGUCCAAAAGGGGAUGGCUAAUGCCAAGUGGGAUGCGACGAAAAAGACACUGACCGUGCAGCUGAUCUCAGAAGCAUCCAAAAAGGUUAAACUGUUAUGA